AUGACAAUCGCCACUCUUUCUUUUACUUCCUCCUUCACUCCUCACCACACCUUCCACCACCGUCGCCGUCGUCACCACCUACUCAAACCCACCACCAAAAUAUCUUCACAGGUUUCCCUAACAUCUCCCCCAUCAAUAACUCUUCAACCAACCCUCAAAAAGACCGGAGUUAUCGUCGUCGGCGCUGGUCUAGCCGGCUUAGCCGCCGCCAUACGCCUCCACUCCGACAACAUUCCUUUCCUCCUCGUCGAAGCAUCUGAUGGCGUCGGAGGUCGUGUACGUACUGACAACGUCGACGGUUUCCUCCUCGACCGUGGCUUCCAAAUCUUCAUCACCGGUUACCCGGAAGCCCGAAGAAUACUCGACUACGAAGCCCUAGAUCUUCAAAAAUUCUACUCCGGAGCUAAGGUUUACUACGGCGGUGGCUUCCAUACAGUAGCUGAUCCGUUACGCCACCUAGGUGAUGCUAUCCAAUCUCUAACAAACCCGAUCGGAACAAUCGUUGAUAAAUCUCUCAUCGCAUUGACUAGAAUUAGGGUUUUGACUCAAUCCGAUGAUCAGAUAUUCUCUGCUGAAGAGACCUCCACUAUCAAUUUGCUCAAACGAAUUGGGUUUUCCGAUUCCAUUGUGGAUAGAUUUUUCCGACCAUUUUUCGGUGGGAUUUUCUUCGACAGAGACCUCGAAACGACUUCCCGGCUCUUCGAUUUCAUCUUCAAGUGUUUAGCUCUCGGCGACAACACUCUCCCGGCGAAAGGAAUUUCCGCAAUUCCCGAACAAUUAGCUUCAAAAUUACCCUCCAAUUCCAUCAUCCUAAACACACCAGUAGAUUCCAUCGAUUCAGAAUCAGAAUCAAGUCACACUGUUAGAUUGAACAAUGGCGAUACCUUGAAGGCUGAAUACGGGGUCAUCAUUGCAGUCGAAGAACCCGAAGCCGUUAAGCUUCUCGCCGGAAAAUCGAACGACAUCCCAGUUCAAAUCAAGCCACCACGAAGCACCGUGUGUCUGUAUUUCUCAGCCGAUCGAACCCAAGUUCCAGUCCCCGACCCAGUUCUGUUCAUCAACGGGUCCGGCAAUGGCAUCGUCAACAACAUGUUUUUCGCCACCAAUGUGGCUCCUUCAUACGGCCCACCGGGGAAAGUUCUGGUGUCGGUUUCCCUUAUCGGAUUGUAUGAAGAUGUUUCCGAUGAGGACCUGAAAAUGAAGGUGGUGGAGGAGCUUAGUGGGUGGUUCGGGAAGGAAGUUGCAGUAGGGUCAUGGACGUAUCUCAGAAGUUAUCGUGUUAAAUUCGCACAACCAAAUCAAUGCCCUCCGACGGAUUUACAGAAGAACCCUAAGCUAGGGUUAGGGUUGUAUGUGUGUGGGGAUUAUCGGACUAGUGCGACGUUUGAUGGCGCUCUGGUAUCCGGGAGGAAGGCGGCUGAGGCUUUACUGAAAGAUCGAUCUUUGGUUCAAGCUUCAUAA